GCCAGCGGAGCUAAAUGUUGUUUUCACUCUGCCCUGAGGAGAUUCCACCAACUGUGAUCAGCUGGUCUUUCACUGCAGUGGCCCAUGGCAGCACCAGGUGUCCAGUGAGAGGCUCAGGACUGAUUAGAUCAGCUGACAGCAAGGAGAAACACAUGUGGAAGUCAGAAGUGGCCUUUGCAGCAAUGAGAUGCCUCACCCGCCCACUGCUCAUGAGGUUUUUUGAUCUCUUGUCUCAACGUGUGUCAGUAGGAUUGAGCCAAACUAAAACUCCUGUGCUCAGCCCCAAACAGUCGUCUCUGAGGCAGAGCUUCAGCACAAGACCUGGGCUAGUGACUGCCAGUGAUGUGGUCAAAUACUGGCAAAAGGUGUUUGAGACAAAUGGGAUCCCUGAAGCACAGGAAUCCAGUGAAUAUAUUGUGUCCUUCAUCCUGGGAGCAAAAACAUUUCAGAGCUUGAACUCCAAAAACCUCUGCACUCCGCUUACAGCAGAGCAGCAGGAGCAGAUCCAGCAGCUCAGCAGCAAGCGACUGGAGAGGAUGCCAGUGCAAUAUAUUCUUGGCGAGUGGGACUUUCAGGACCUGACUCUGAAGAUGAGACCCCCAGUAUUUAUUCCUCGGCCUGAGACAGAGGAUCUCGUCUCCUUAGUAGUGGAGGAAGCAUCUCAGAAGUGCGAGGAGAAUUCAGGCCUGCUCUCCUCAGUUGCUGGCCCUCAUCCUGUGAUCCUGGAGAUUGGCUGUGGCUCUGGAGCAAUUGCUCUAAGUCUGUUGUGCCAACUGCCACAGAGCUGGGUGAUAGCCGUGGAUAAAGAGAAAGCUGCUGUGGAUCUCACCAGGGAGAAUGCACAGAGGCUGCAACUCCAGGACCGAAUCCACAUCCUCCACCAUGAUGUUUCAUCCAGUUCUGCCAAGCAGCUGCUGCCUUGGGGCCCCAUGGACUUCAUAGUCAGUAACCCGCCAUAUAUCUUCCAUGAAGACAUGGUGUCCCUAGCUCCAGAGAUAUUCUGCUAUGAGGACCUUGAUGCACUGGAUGGAGGAGAUGAUGGGAUGAGAGUCAUCAAAACAAUUCUGGCUCUGGCUCCUUCUCUUUUGAAGGAUUCUGGGAGUGUGUUUCUGGAAGUUGAUCCCAGACACCCAGAGAUGGUGAAAAACUGGCUACAGACACAUCCCAACUUGCUACUCACUCUUUGUGCCAUUCACAAGGACUUCUGUGGCAAGCCUAGGUUUUUGCACAUCCAAAAACAAAGCAGGUGACAACUGUAUCCAAAAGAACAAUCU